UGGAAAUGGCGACGGGGCCGGCUAGGCGCUUGGGAUAGGGUCAAGUGGGCGGCAAAGGAUCUGAAUAUCAUAAGGAUACUGCAGAACUUUCAGAUGCACAAGGCUUCGCUGAAUCUGUUCCUGUCUGUGUACACAAGCGGCUCGGCACAGGAGAUGUAGCAAGACAUGGCCGAAUUGAAGCAGCUUUUAGCAACGGUAUUACAAUCGAUCCCGGGCCUCGCGAAGCGCAUGGAAACAGCCACAGUACCUACAGACAACGCCGACGCUAACACGAUCCGUUCCGGGGCUGCUUCAUUCCUUACCACGGCAACCAAGAAGUAUUUUCGCAGAUUCAUGUUCGAGCGGAGUCUUAGCGAGACCCGCGUGUACAGGAGGGCGUUCAGGAACUAUUCGACUGCCUCAGUCAGAACCGUCGACACGGCGGGAUCGAGGUUUUCGCAGCUCACGGGACUGAGCUUAGCGCAGAUCUCGAAAAUUUCGGUUAUCAGACUUCCCGUGUAUUCUGUGGAGCUGAAUAACGGUGACGUAUACGAUGAAGUACAGGGGAGCAGCGGUGACGGAGCGACGGCGCGUCGAAACUUCGACACGGCCGCGAAAAACUCUACGAAGCCACUUCAACGGCUGCGGAACAGUGGCACAGAUUUCGCCACCAGGAUCCGGCAUGCGUCAACACCCAAGCGUCAGCUGGUUUCUCUGCUGCACGCCGCAGCUUCCGACGGAGACACCGCUGCCGUCGAAAUGCACAUAGCGACCCUGGGUGUCGAUGUGGACUCACGGAACAAGGAUUCGGAUACGGCAUUGCACGCUGCAGCUGAGCACGGUCACAGCGAGUUAGUGCAGCUACUAUUCGGGCACGGCGCCACGAUAGAAGCAAAAAAACAUUAACGGCUUGACGGCACUGUACUUGGCGGCCGAGUACGGCCGCGUUGAGGUAUUGCAACUGCUGCUGGAGCACGGCGCAAAGAUUGCAUCCCUGGGUGGUGCGGGGUGGACAGCGCUACACUGUGCAGCCGAGCGCGGCCACGGCG